AUGGCUAACACGCGCUUCGCUUACGUGAAGCAGUUCGAGCAGGAAACCGUCCUAAUGCCCGACUGCUGGCCGCUUAUUCGCGUAGAUGGGCGUGGAUUCACGGGAUUCUCGAAGGUGCAUGGGUUCCGAAAGCCAAAUGAGCCCCUGGCUCUCGGUGUUAUGAACGCAGCAGCUGCCCAUGUGAUGGCGCAAUUUGACGAUAUUGUGCUCGCAUAUGGACAUUCCGACGAGUACAGGAAGAUAUUAUCGAGCGUUGUAUCGGCGUUUUCUGCCGCAUACUGCUUUUAUUGGAGCGGAUUCUACCCUAACAAACCGCUGAGGACGCUGCCCACAUUCGACGGACGCAUAGUCCUCUACCCACGUUUCGAGCAUGUGGUCGACUACUUCUCCUGGAGGCAUGCUGAUUGUCAGUUUUACGCUCACUAA